AUGAGGACCACGCGCAGAUGCAGGACCCUUCUGUCGGUCGGACUCAACUUCUUCGCACUGUUUUUCUCCAUCACGGCGUUCAUCACUACGUACUGGUGCGUGGGGACGCAGAGGGUUCCCAAGCCAAAGUGCAGUAAACUUCGGACGCACCAGUGCAUAGACUACGGAGUGAACGAGACCGACCCUAACAAAGUGGUGUACAGCUGGGAGACGGGGGAUGACCGCUUUCUGUUCCGCCAGUUCCACACCGGCAUCUGGUUUUCCUGUGAGGAAAACAUCCAUGAUGAAAGUGAAAGGUGCCGAAGUUUCAUUGAUUUGGCUCCUGCCUCAGAAAAAGGGAUGCUGUGGCUCUCGCUGGUUUCAGAGAUGUUAUACAUUGUGUUGCUGGUGGUGGGCUUCAGCCUCAUGUGUCUGGAGCUGGUCCAUUCUAACAACAUCAUCGACGGACUCAAACUCAACGCUUUCGCUGCUGUCUUCACUGUGCUCUCAGGUCUUCUGGGCAUGGUGGCUCAUGUGAUGUAUACACAAGUGUUCCAGGUGACUGUGAGCCUGGGCCCACCCGACUGGAGGCCCUACAACUGGGACUAUGGCUGGUCCUUCUGUAUGGCCUGGGCAUCCUUCACCUUCUGUAUGGGGGCAUCAGUUACUACCCUCAAUUCCUACACAAAAACAGUCAUUGAGUUCAGACACAAGCGCAAGACAUUUGAGCAGAACCUCCGUGAAGAGGAUGCCCGCGAGGCCUUUGGCUAUUUCAGAGAACAUUCAGUGCACUCCAUCUCCAAAUCUGUGGAGGUAUACCCAAGUCACAGCAUCAAGAGUGGCAGAAGGACCCCCAUACCCACCGACUCCCCGGACCUGAGCGAUCGGGCAUCUUUAGGGGAGGAACAAUGCUGA